GCCAAAAGUCGGUCUCCAUUGACGUUCUUCCUCAGUUGAAUAAAAUAUACAACUUCUUCACCAACUAUGAAUCUCUCUCUAUCCGACUCCAGUCUAUUUCCCUUCCUAUUGAACACGGAAGCAGCAGCAGCAGGUGUACUGAACUCAGUUGCAGAGGAAUAUAGACAACACCCAGACAAGUCAUUUCUGUCACUGAAGCUUAAGUGGUUGCUGCAAAAAUCUGGAAAUUACUAAACAAUCAAGAUGAAGCAAUAUCAAGUUAUGUGCUUCUGUUGAGGAGUAUUAUUGUAUAAAACUAGAAAUGGGCUUUCAUCCUUUUGUUUGGUUUUGUCGCCCAGUGGAAUAUGGUGGUAUUUGGGCACAUGAGACAAAUAGCACUUUUGGUGCAUAUGCACCGUGCGGGAUCGACUCCCUUGCAAUCACUGUCACUCAUUUAGUUUUUCUGGGCUUAUGUUCGUAUCGUAUUUGGCUGACUAUGACGAGCAUUAAAGUGCAGAGGUAUUGCCUAAGAUCAAAGAUCUGCAACUAUGUGUUAGGUCUAUUGGCAGGCUACUGUACUGUUGAGCCAUUGUUCAAAUUGCUCAUGAGAAUUUCAAUGUUUAAUUUGGAGGAACAAACUGAUUUUGCACCUUUUGAGGUAGUUUCUUUGAUCACUGAAACUAUAGCCUGGUGUGUCAUGUUAGUUAUGCUUGCUACAGAGACUAAAGUAUACGUUAAGGAAUUUCGCUGGUAUGUCCGAUUUGGAGUUGUUUAUGUUUUGGUUGGUGAUGCUGUCAUGUUAAGCCUCAUUCUUCAAGUGACAGAUUUCUUUCCGAGAUCCAACUUCUACUUGUAUGUUGCCAAACUAUGUGUCCAGGUUUUUUUUGGUGCAUUUCUUCUUUCCUAUGUUCCUCAUUUGAACCCUUAUCCUGAAUAUGUCCCAUUAUCGACCGAGUACCCUGAUGAUGCCAAAUAUGAAAUAUUACACGGGGAAGACCAUAUUUGUCCAGAAAGGCAUGCCAACAUAUUUUCGAGAAUCUUUUUUAGUUGGAUGACACCUCUCAUGAAACAAGGGUAUAAAAGGCCUCUCAAAGAGAAUGAUGUUUGGAAGCUAGAUGCAUGGGAUCAAACUGAAACAUUGUUUACAAGGUUCCAUCAUUGCUGGAGUGAAGAAUUAAAGAAACCCAAACCUAGGCUUUUGCUAGCUUUAAACUGUAGUCUUGGUGGAAGGUUUUGGCUUGGAGGCCUCUUCAAAAUUGGCGGUGACCUAGCUCAAUUGAUGGGUCCAGUUUUAUUGAACCGUCUUUUACUGUCAAUGGAGAAAGGUGAUCCAACAUUGGUUGGUUCCGCUUAUGCCUUCUUAAUAUUUAUUAGUGUGUUAUUUGGAGUGCUGUGUGAAGGUCAAUAUACUCAGAAUGUCUCGCGUGUUGGCUUCAGGUUAAGAUCCACACUGGUGGCUGCUAUUUUCCGCAAAACAUUGAGACUAACCCAUGAAAGCCGCAAGAAAUUCUCAACGGGGAAAACAAUGAAUCUGAUGACCACAGAUGCUAAUGCUCUUCAGCAAGUAUGUCAACAACUUCAUAAUAUGUGGUCAUUUCCAUUUCGUAUCACCAUUGCUUUGAUUCUUCUAUAUCAGCAGCUAGGUGCUGCUUCACUGUUUGGCUGUCUAAUUCUGGUUCUGGUGUUCCCAUUACAGGCAUUUUUCAUAAACAAAAUACAAAAAUUGACAAAAGAAGGACUGCAACGAACUGACAAGAGAGUCAACUUGAUGAAUGAAAUUUUGGCUGCAAUGGACACUGUCAAGUGUUAUGCUUGGGAGAAUAGUUUCCAGUCAAAAAUUAUAUGCCUGCGAGUCGAUGAAUUAUCAUGGUUCCAGAAAGCACAGUUUCUUAGAACGUUCAACUUCAUUUUAUUUAGUAUCAUUCCAGUUUUUGUUACUGUGGUAUCAUUUGGAACGUUCAUGGUGCUUGGUGGAGAUUUAACACCUUCAAAGGCUUUCACAUCGCUUUCUUUAUUUCAACUUCUUGGGUCUCCUCUAGGCAUGCUUCCCAAUUUCAUAACAAAGAUUGUUAAUUCAUACGUAUCUUUGCAACGUUUGGAGGAACUACUUUUUUCUGAAGAAAAAGCUCUCUUGCCUAAUCUACCUCUUGAUCCUGAAUUUCAUGCCAUCUCAAUCAAGAAUGGAUACUUCUCAUGGGAUUCUAAGAAGGUGAAUCCCACAUUAUCAAAUAUCAAUUUGGACAUACCAGUUGGGAGUCUCGUUGCAAUUGUUGGUGGUACUGGUGAAGGAAAAACAUCGGUUAUAUCUGCAAUGCUCGGGGAGAUUCCUGCUGUAACAGAUGCAAGUGUGGUCAUCAGGGGAACUAUUGCCUAUGUUCCUCAGAUAUCCUGGAUUUUCAAUGCUACUGUACGUGAGAACAUAUUAUUUGGAUCAGAUUUUGAUACUUCAAGAUACUGGAAGGCAAUAGAUGUAACAGCACUGCAGCAUGAUCUUGAUCUGCUACCAGGUCAUGAUCUGACUGAGAUUGGUGAAAGAGGGGUCAACAUUAGUGGGGGUCAAAAGCAAAGAGUUUCUAUGGCUAGGGCUGUGUAUUCAAAUGCAGAUGUUUAUGUAUUCGAUGAUCCCUUAAGUGCUCUUGAUUCUCAUGUUGGUCAGCAGGUUUUCAACAAAUGCAUUAGUGAAGGAUUGCGAGGAAAAACCAGGGUGCUUGUCACAAACCAGCUACAUUUUCUUCCUCGAGUAGAUAAAAUAAUUUUGGUAUCUGAUGGAAUGAUCAAAGAAGAGGGAACUUAUGAGGAGUUAUCUCGAACUGGCACACUGUUUAAAAAGCUUAUGGCAAAUGCGGGCAAAAUGGAAGAACAUGUAAAUAGUGCGGAGGAUUAUAUAAGUCUGGAACAUAAGCCUGUUACAUCCAUUGUUAAUGAAAUAGAGAAUGGUUUUCCACAAAGCAUGACAUCUACGAAUAAAAGGAAAGAAGGUAAAUCUGUUCUGAUUAAGCAGGAAGAAAGAGAGACUGGUGUUGUGAGCUUUAAAGUUUUGACAAGGUUUAAAGAUGCAUUAGGAGGUUCAUGGAUUGUCAUGAUACUCUUUAUCUUAUACAUAGUGAUAGAAAUUCUCCGGAUUCUAAGUAGCAUAUGGUUAAGUGUUUGGACAAAGCAAGGCUCAUCAAGCAGUAAGGGGCCAGGUUUCUACAUCCUCAUUUAUGCUGUUCUAUCCAUUGGACAGGUACUUGUGAUACUGGCAAACUCACUUUGGUUGGUAAUAUCAAGUUUUCAUGCAGCUAGAAGACUGCAUGACUCCUUGUUGCACUCCAUCUUAAGGGCUCCCAUGGUAUUUUUCCAUACAAAUCCUAUUGGACGAGUAAUUAAUCGAUUUGCAAAGGACACAUGUGAUAUAGACCGUGAAGUUGCCAUGUUGAUUUAUAUGUUUGUGGGUGAAGUGUGGCAGCUCCUAUCAACUUUUGUGCUAAUUGGUGUUGUCAGCACCAUUUCACUUUGGGCUAUCAUGCCACUUCUGAUUCUUUUCCAUGCAGCAUAUUUAUAUUACCAGGACACAAGUAGAGAAAUAAAACGUUUGGAUUCCAUCAGCAGAUCUCCUGUUUAUGCUCAAUUUGGAGAAGCACUGAAUGGUUUGUCAACUAUUGGUGCCUAUAAAGCGUAUGAUCGAAUGGCCAAAAGUAAUGGGAGAUCUAUGGAUAAUAAUAUUAGAUUUACCCUUGUCAAUUCAAGUUCAAACCGAUGGCUUAACAUAAGGCUGGAAAGCUUGGGAGGUCUUAUGAUAUGGUUAAUAGCUACCUUUGCUGUAAUGCAGAAUGGAAGUACAGACAACCCAUUAGCAUUUUCUUCUUCAAUGGGUUUGCUUCUCAGUUAUACACUUGACAUCACAAAUCUCAUGAGUAAUGUUCUAAGACAAGCAAGCCAGGCUGAGAAUAGUCUAAAUGCUGUUGAGCGUGUUGGCACAUAUAUAGAUUUGCCAUCAGAAGCUCCAACCAUCAUUGAAAAUAACCGCCCUUCACCCGGGUGGCCUUCUCAAGGUUGCAUCACAUUUGAAGAUAUUGUCCUUCGUUAUCGGCCUAGUCUUCCACCUGUUUUACAUGGGCUCACUUUCCAUAUCAAGCCAAGCAAAAAAGUUGGCAUUGUUGGAAGAACUGGUGCUGGAAAGUCUAGCAUGCUUAAUGCUUUAUUCCGAAUUGUAGAAAUUGAAAGAGGAAGAAUCAUUAUCGAUGGUUGUGAUAUAUCAAAGAUUGGGCUGACAGACUUGCGUUCAGUUCUGAGUAUUAUACCACAAACACCAGUUCUUUUCUCAGGGACUAUUAGAUUUAAUCUGGAUCCUUUCUGUGAACACAAUGAUGCUGAUAUCUGGGAGGCAUUGGAGAGAACACGUCUAAAGGAUGUCGUUAGAAGGAAUGUUUUUGGUCUGGAUACUGAGGUCUUAGAGGGAGGGGAGAAUUUUAGUGUUGGGCAAAGGCAAUUGCUUAGUCUUGCCCGGGCAUUGUUACGCAGAUCAAAGAUUCUUGUUCUUGACGAGGCCACGGCUGCUGUUGAUGUUGGAACAGACUCUCUUAUACAGAGUACCAUUAGAGAAGAGUUUAGGUCUUGCACAAUGCUCAUCAUUGCUCACCGCCUAAAUACCAUCAUGGAUAGUGACUUGAUUUUGGUAUUAGAAGCUGGACAGGUAUUAGAGUAUGAUACUCCAGCAAAUCUAUUGUCAAAUGAAGGCAGUGGUUUCUCAAAGAUGGUCCAGAGUACUGGAGAUGCAAAUGCAGAAUAUUUGCGAACUUUAGCCCUCAGAAGUAGUAAAGACAUCAUAAACUCUGUAGCCUCUUCGAGAUGGGCUGCUGCAGCGAAAUUCGCCCUUAUUUCAAACCUGACUUCUUCACAUAAUAGCCUUCAGCCCUUUUUAGUAAACGAUGAAAACAACAUCUUCAAGAGGACAAAGGAUGCUGUCACAACAAUACAGGAGGUUCUUGAGGGCAAUCAUAAUGAAGUUAUUAAUACAACUUUGGAAGAUCACCAACUGCCUACAGAUGGUUGGUGGUCAUCUCUGUAUAAAGUAAUUCGAGGAUUUGAUAUAAUAAGCAGAUUGGCUCAAAAUGGGUUAAUAAUAGAUGAAGCUUACAGAAAAAUCUUUUGGAGGACAAACCACAAGAUUUGGAACAUGUUGAUAGGGAGAUGAUAAUCUGAUGUUUAUUUUGAAUGUAAACAAACUUGUAUUAUAAUUUAACAAUCUGGCAUGUAAUAAGACUGCUGAGUGUUAUUUGUUAAGUCAAUUUAACGGUGAAAGUGUUGCUAUAUUCUCUAAAGAACAUUGCUAAAUAAUUACAACAAAUUUUUGUUUUUCUAAAAGGAG